ACCAAUAGGCGCUGACGUCCAUUCGCACGUGACUCCGCCCACUCCUCCCAUUCAUCAAGGGGGGACUGAGUCGUCCUUUCAAUUCAUUUAUCUGCAGGAAUGAUUGCCGCUAUCAGUCUCCAGCUCAACGCCCGGCUGAGGAGGUGAAAGUUUCUCCCCAGGAAGAUCAACCGCAAAAGACAAUAUUGUGCAUGAUUUGCGCUUCACCAUUUUUUUUUUAAACAGAGGGAGACAGAAAGAGUGAAAGAGACAUAGUUUUGAGGAAGAAGUGGAUGGAAACAUCUUUUAAUUAAAUACAAAACUAAAUACAACCAAAACCCAAACAACAAAAACCCCAACAAAACAAAAAAUUCCAAAACAACAAACAAUUCCUAUGCUGGAAUUCUAGAACUGUUUGUGCUGCUUCCAACCUGUGCUCAGAGCUGCUAGAUGUGACCAUCCAAGCAAGUUUCUUGCGCCAUUGUUGAGAUCUUGUCGUCCCACCCCCUCCCCAUGUAAAAGAAGAAGUAUCAUUGAUCGUGCCCGCCUGUGCCAGUGCUGUGCCCCAUCCAUUGUGUGCCUGGAGCCUUGGCUGGGGAGCUCAUCAAGACAGGUAGCGCCUGGAAGAUCUAAAGAUGUUGCUGGACGCAGGACCUCAGUAUCCGGCCAUAGGAGUCACUACAUUCGGCUCCUCUAGGCACCACUCCACCGGAGAUGUUACGGACAGGGAAGUGGGACUGGGGAUCAACCCUUUCGCGGAUAGCAUGGGAGCCUUCAAGAUCAACCCGAGCAGCCACGACCUCACCUCGGGCCAGACCGCCUUCACCUCUCAGGCUCCGGGCUACGCUGCGGCCGCUCUGGGUCAUCACCACCACCACCCGGGCCAUGUCAGCUCGUACUCAAGCGCUGCCUUCAACUCCACCCGGGACUUUCUGUUUCGCAACCGGGGCUUCGGGGAAGCGGCCAGCGCCCAGCACAGCCUGUUUGCAUCGGCUGCAGGGGGCUUCGGAGGACCCCACGGCCACACUGAUGCCGCGGGCCACCUGAUCUUCCCGGGUCUCCACGAGCAAGCCACCAGCCACGCUUCCCCCAACGUGGUCAACGGGCAGAUGAGGCUGGGCUUCUCGGGAGACAUGUACGGCAGGCCGGAGCAGUACGGGCAGGUGACCAGCCCCAGGUCUGAGCACUAUGCCUCCAGCCAGCUGCACGGCUAUGGCCCUAUGAACAUGAACAUGGCUGCCCACCACGGAGCCGGGGCCUUCUUCCGUUACAUGAGGCAGCCCAUCAAGCAAGAACUCAUCUGCAAGUGGAUAGAGCCCGAGCAGCUCUCCAACCCCAAAAAGUCCUGCAACAAAACUUUCAGCACCAUGCACGAGCUGGUCACCCAUGUCACGGUGGAGCAUGUAGGGGGACCAGAACAGAGCAACCAUGUGUGCUUCUGGGAGGAGUGCUCCAGAGAGGGGAAACCUUUCAAAGCCAAAUACAAACUAGUCAACCACAUCAGGGUCCACACAGGUGAAAAACCCUUCCCGUGUCCCUUCCCUGGCUGUGGGAAAGUAUUCGCCAGAUCAGAAAAUCUCAAAAUCCACAAAAGAACUCAUACAGGUGAGAAGCCUUUUAAGUGUGAAUUUGAAGGCUGUGACAGACGGUUUGCAAAUAGUAGCGACCGCAAAAAACACAUGCACGUCCAUACAUCAGACAAGCCAUAUCUGUGUAAAAUGUGCGACAAGUCCUAUACCCAUCCAAGCUCUCUCAGAAAACACAUGAAGGUCCACGAAUCUUCUUCCCAGGGGUCUCAACCUUCUCCAGCAGCAAGCUCAGGCUAUGAAUCUUCGACACCCCCAACAAUCGUAUCACCUUCUUCAGAAAACCAGACCACAAGUUCCCUCUCCCCUUCUUCAUCAGCAGUACAUCACACGUCCAGUCACAGCACGCUCUCAUCAAAUUUUAACGAAUGGUACGUUUAAACACAUAUUUAAAAAAAGACUCCAGAUUAAUGAACACUUCGAAUGAAAUCCUAAAGCUGCCGAUAGACCCGGGACCGAAUUAAAUGAAGAAAGAGACCUUCUUUAUUUCUUCAGGCUUGAUAGAACACACAUUAAACGGGGGUUCUAGAAUGCAUGAGAAGAUAAGGUUGCCAGGCCAAAUGCCAACUGUGUAGGGUUUAAUGAACCACUAAUUAGGGGUCUCAAUCUGCAUGUCUUCUCUGGCAGCAGCCUUUUUUUCCUUGUAAAUACAGAAUUAUUAGUUAAAAUGUACUGUUGAUUUUGUAAAUAGUUAUAUUACAACUCUAAGGGAUACGUGGAAUCGUGGUCAUGGCAUAUAUGUGUUUCAGGGGAACAGUGGGAAGAAGAAAUUCAGUUUCUUUGAAUUUCCAGAAUGUUUCUAGUGAAUGUGUACCAAAAUGUGAAAAAGAUACAUUGUAUUAUUACAGUCUAAGCGUCCAUCUAACAGACUAUUACUGGUAUAAGUGUGCUUUCUGUAUAAAGUGCAAAUCUAUGUUCCAGUCCAGUCCAACUAGUGCAGUAAAAAUGUUGUUUUAUGUCAUGUCAAUAAUUCGUACAGUGCACGCUUGGAAUUAACGUGUCAAACUGUUCCAUUUUGUUUAUGUAAAGUGAUAUUAAAAGAUAAAACCUA